AUGGACGCGGAAAUGUCAGGGCCCUCUGCGCUGUCCGUCUUUGAGGAGGCGUAUGUAGAACAGCAGAAUCCGACGGCGGCUCCGGACAGCGAGCGCAAGAUGUUGGACCUCGUAUUCGUGCAGGACUGCACGGGCAGCCAAGGCAGCUACAUCUCGAGCGCGACGAAGAACAUCGAGCUCAUCUGCAACAACAUCUACGAGUCCGGCCGGCUCGCCACGCGCGACGACCUCCGCAUCGGCCUCGUCGCCUACCGCGACCACCCGCCCCAGGAUCACACGUAUGUGACAAAGAACUUCGGAUUCAGCUCGGAUAUUUCAAAGGUCCAUCGCGAUUUGAGCACGUUGUAUGCUUCGGGCGGUGGCGACGGGCCCGAGGCGGUCACGGCCGGAUUGGCGGAGGCGCUCGGCAUGGACUGGCGCCCGAUGGCGAGCAAGAUGAUCGUCCUUAUUGCCGACGCGCCGCCGCAUGGGAUCGGAGAGUACGGGGACGGGUUCGACGAUGGCUCCCCGGACGGCAACGACCCCUUGCAGCUCGCGCGCGAGAUGGCGGCCCAAGGAAUCACACUCUUCUUCGUCGCCUGCGAACCCGCACUGAGCAGCUACUCCUACGCAAACGACUUCUUCAACGCCCUAACAUCCAUAACAUCCGGCCUCAUGCUGCCACUCACAACGGCCGACCUCCUCGCACACGCGAUCGUCGGCCUCGUACUCGAGAACCUCGACAUGGAGCGCCUCGUCCGCGAAGUCGGCCAAGCCGUCGCACAGCGCAUCCUCGGCGAAAACCAGUCCGUGGACGACGUCGCGCGCGAGCUGCACGAGAAGCUGCUCCUGCGGAACGAGAGCACCAAGAAGCUCGUGAUCGAGAGUAUAUACAAGGAGAGCGCCGAGGCCGCGCAUAACGUUUCUGUUUUCCAGAACGCGCCGAGUUUGGCGGACGCGAGGCCGCAUUUGAAGAGGGUGAGCGGGAGCCGGUUUACGGAUAAGUAUGUGCAGGCGCGGGCGGCGGCUAGGAGCGGGUAUGCGCCUGCUGUACCUGCUCGUAGCCCGCCCACGAGCCCGCGAUUGAGCAGCAGCCCGCCACGCAAAGUCGUCACGGAGUUCAAGAGCUUCUCGGCGCACAACGGCUCGAGUGUAUAUGGAACCGCAGUUGCGGCCAGCCCAUUUUCGCUUGCGGGGAACCGUGCGGCGUUUGGGAAGGUCAGAGGUGGAGGUGGCUUUGGUAUGGAUGACGACGACGAGGAUGAUAUGGAGAGUGCUGCUGCCGCUGCGGGUGUCACUCCGGCUGAGCGGCAAGGGAUGUUCCUCAAGGAGGACUCAAUUACUUUCGAACAGGCCCGGAGAAUCGCGAUGCAAAGCGCCUGGAGAGGCACGCGCACCGCGUAA